CCUUUGCCGCAUCAACAACUCUUACAAAAUGGCCCCCAAGAAGGACGAGAAGCCCGCGACCGCCGAGGCCGGCGCCGAGGCCCCUGCCAAGGCUGAGGCCAAGCCCAAGGCCGAGAAGGCCGCCAAGAAGGCCAAGAAGGAGCCCUCCAAGAAGGCUGCCAAGGAGCCCAAGGGCGACGGCGAGAAAAAGGACAAGAAGAAGAAGAAGAGUGCCGUGGAGACCUACAAGCUGUACAUCUACAAGGUGCUCAAGCAGGUGCACCCCGACACCGGCAUCAGCAGCAAGGCCAUGUCCAUCAUGAACAGCUUCAUCAACGACAUCUUUGAGAAGGUGGCCACCGAGGCCUCCAAGCUGAGCCGCUACAACAAGAAGCCCACCGUGACCUCCCGCGAGAUCCAGACCGCCGUGCGCCUGGUGCUGCCCGGCGAGCUGGCCAAGCACGCGGUGUCGGAGGGCACCAAGGCCGUGACCAAGUUCACCUCGGGCUAAAUGCGCUCCGAGGCUGGACCAUUCCCCUUCUACCCUCUUACAACAAACUCGGUGUUUCUCAACACCACCUUGACACGGAGCAGGGGUGGGUUGGCGGGUUGUGGGUGAGUUUGCGUGUAGCCCUUGCAGGCCGGGGCAUGAUUCAAGGGUGGGGCCUAGCAAGGGGCCUAGGGACAGUUGAAGAGGUAGCCA